AUGAAAUAUGACACCCCCUACCUGUCUGUCGGAGCACUGCAAGCUGAUUCACAGGAGAAGGCCAGAGAUAACGUGUCCGAAGAAGAUGAGCGAGGAUUGAUUAAUGAAAAUGUAAAGCCUUUGGAUUUAGAAAAGGUGUAUGAUUGUGUACCUUGUCCAGAGGAAGCUGAUACAAAACUAUGCCAUGUGCUGGAAUAUAUUGUCCACGUCCUACCCAUCAAAGUCAGUGCCCUGAUAAUGACACUGAAACUCACCAAAUUGUUAGGAGACUAUCGUAAGUUAUGUUUAAAAGAAACAAAAUUAAUUGAUCCAGAUGCAGACCUUCCUCCUUUACUUAAAGCAAUAACCUGCAGCAAGGAUUCCAGACUACUGCUUUUACAACAGACAUUACAGUAUCUGAAAGAAGAGGAGGACAUGAAAUUAAUGAAAACAGUCAUUGUCAAUAAACCAGAGCACCCACAGAGCGCUUUUGUUAAUGUAACAUUGCCUCAGAAAACUAUAGCAAGGACAGCUGAUGAUCGAGUGUCGGACAGAGUUUUAACAGAGAUGAUUGACAUGCAGAUAUAUCCACCUGUAUAUAAUGAUCUGACGGGAGAGAUUGAUGAUUCUUAUGUGAAGUGGUUGGAUCGAAACCUUUUCUUUGGGGAAGAAAUCAGAGAAGUGGACAAGAAAAUUUCAACUCACCACCUAAAAUAUGACCAGGACCCAGCAAUAGAGCCAGUUGCAACUGAAGUUGAUCUGUUAAAGAUGACCUCCUCAACAUUAACCAAGGGAAGAAGAAAGUGGGUGAUCAACCCAGAAUUAAGGCAAGCCCUUGAGAGCCAAACAUCUAAAUGGGAAUGUAGAAAGAAAUAUUACAUAGAUGGCGACCAUCCGAAACCUCAAGCAUAUACAGUAAACCCUGGCUGCAGUGGUGGAUGUCCACAGUUUAUUCUGACAAUUACCUGAAAUAUGUAUCAACCAAGGAGACAGAAGGCAAAGAAGUGGGAUUUUGUACCUGGAAUGUGGAAUGUAAAUUGUAUCUUGCUUGGUGGCCUAGGAGAAAAUCCUGAACCCGAAGGUGCUUUUGUUGUUUGUUUUAUGCCUAAUGAAGAAGCAUGCAUGUAGAGUGCUUAUUGUUAGCUUUCACCAUUGCAACCACAGUUUAAAGUUUCAUGUCUGAAAAAAGCAGUCAAAGUAAGCAAACUUGUAUCUUAACAACUGGCAUCCAUGCAACACAUUUAAUUUAUAAUUAUAUCAUGGAAUCUUAGUUUACAGUAUACAGUAUCUUCAUUAUUAUGUAUAUUUUUUUCUACUCAUUUUGUUUUCAAUUCACAUAUGUUGAAUCAGUAGGAAAUCCAUCAUUCAAUCAAUACUUUGCUGAUAUAUUUUUUAUCUUCAGGAUAGUUAUAAUUUGUUUUGCUACAUAUAUAAUCAUGCUAGAAAUGUAUAAAGCAACGUUAAAGCAAAUAACACAGAACUGAAAUGCUGAAGCCAUGACUAAGAAACCAUGUAUAACUCUAACUGAAAACAACAAAACCAAUUGAGUUGUAUCAUAAAAUCAUAUAGCCACAUUUUUGGAAGGGUACUAUAGCAGUGUUUUUGUAGAUAACACCUUCCUGUUAAAUAUUCUUUUUCCAUGGACCAUUACCAGGUUAAAAAAUAUUUGCAUUUAUACUACAUAUAAUACACCAGUUGUAUUAUUUUGGGGAAGUUCUACCUUAUACAGUAGUCGGUAAUUUCUAAUUUAUGAUGGAUGACCUGGAAAUCACUGUGGUACAAUUGGUAAUAUCUUCCCAUACAAUAAGAACAUGUUUUAUAUGGUGAUUAUGGAUCAUAGUUGGUGAACCCUUAUUUAUUCACUUUCAUUUAUUUUCAUUUCAUAUGGGAUGACACCAAACUUCAACUGAAAUUCUUUUAUAAAAAAUAUAUUUUUAAGUGUUCCUUUAUAAAAGGUGACAGUUUGGCUGAUGUCAUCUGAAAGUUUUUGUAUAAUGAGGUUCUGUUCAUUUUAUGAAAAACAAUCAUCUCAUACACUAGCUCAGAAGUCCGCUGUUUGUUAUUCAUACAUUGUAGUAUAUAGAAAUUUAAAUCUUUAUUACUUUUAUAAGAUAAUCUUCCACGUUUUAAACAUUAGUUCUAACUAUUGGACAGUAUAGAUUAUAUUCUGGCCAGCACAGAAAGAAAACAAAAAUAAAUUAGUAAAUAAAGUACCUGUUAACAACUACAUACCAAACUGUACCCUAUACCAUACUGUUUAGCAUACAUUCUUUUCCUUGUUUAUUUAGGACCUGCUUUUGGAAUAUGUUACCUCUAUUACUAGCUGCAACAAAACAAUCUACAAUAGCAGUAAGAGCAAUAUUGCCAUUUCGACAGUAGUAUCAAUAUGGUUGGUAAUGCUGUGUUUGUCAGAAAAUUAGUUAACAGCCAUGCACUCCGGAAUUUUGUUACUGCCGUUUCUUAAUUACUGAAUCUAUUGAAUAUAUCUAAUAAGAAUGGCCCUCCAGGAUCAAAGUUGCCUACUGUUUCUGCACUGUUUAAAUUCUUAUCAUGAUUCAUUUACAGUUCCUGUGAAACCUUUUAAGGUACAUUUUGCUAAUCACUUCCUUUGUAAAUUAGUGCUGGAAGUAUCUAGAUUCCCAGUCCACCCACCUCUGCCACCACCAGCCUUUAGAUUCACAGCCCACGUCCUUUUACCGUCCCCACACCAGCGUAAGUGUGUGAUGUAACUGUAAUCCUUGGCAGCCUCCCACACAAAUACGUACAGAAGCAUACGCACAUGAACUGCUGUUCUGCUUGUGAAAUAGCUAUUUGUAAAUGUUAAAAGGGAAAUGUACAUUACAUCUGUGGGUUCUUUGUCUCUAGGCAACCGAAGCUUGGGGAAAAAACUGUCAAAUUAAUCCAGCAGAGGGAAUCAUUGCUAGCUAAACUAGAGCAAUUUGAGCAAUAUCCAUCUGAUCCUGACUGAUUUUAUGAACCAGAUACUGUUUAGUGUCAAUUUCUAUUAAUUAAUAUUAAUAAGCACAUGGUCCUUCUAUAGCAGUGUCGUGAACUCUUUUAAUUACAAUUGAGUAUAUCACUUAACUUGCAGAAGUUGUUCAGUUUCUAGUAAAUUAAGCAUAUUGCUUUUUACACUGUAAAAUUGAGGAUACUUGUUUUUUGUUUUUACUACAGAUACAUGUGAUGUUAUACUUAAGGGUUGGAAAAAACUUUUAAAAUACUCUAAAAACUUGUUAUCAUUUAAGCUGUAUAACAGUAUGUCAUAUAUACUGAUAUGUGAAUAAAUGUAUAUUUGGGAAGUUGGCUCUUUUGAGCCAUAUGUGUCUUAAUGUGUAUAGAUAAUAGGCAACAGUGUGGGCAGCAGUGUGGAGUAGUGGUUAGGGUUCUGGACUCUUGACCGGAGGGUUGUGGGUUCAAUCCCCAGUGGGGGACACUGCUGUUGUACCCUUGAGCAAGGUACUUUACCUAGAUUGCUCCUGUAAAAACCCAACUGUAUAAAUGGGUAAUUGUAUGUAA